CAUUGGCACUUUGCGUCAAUUGCACUGCAUGAUUAGGAUUGAGUUAAGGUAGCUGAAAUUUCCUCUGGAUGUCUCAGCAUCAGGGGCGUCCCUCUCAAUUCCAAUACUAUACUCCUACCGUCGCCGCUCCGCCUGGCAAGGCUCUAUAUGACGCUCGCCAUCAGCAACCCGCGGCGCAGCUGAAAGAGCUCACAGCAUCAAACGUUGCCAAGCUUCGUGAGUUGCGGGCUGAGCUAAAGAAGGACGACUGGUACUACGAAGCACCUAGGCACACCCUACGCUGAUUACUGCUCAGAGAACGUGUUUGUCGGCCGCCCGACACGAGGAACCCUCGGCUCGUACGGCAUAUUGUUUAGCUUUCAUCUUAGUGUUUUGCGCCUGCGGCGGCACGUGCCGCACAACAACCGCGGCCCUAAGCCUGGGGAGGAUGGCUUCUCAGGUGCCGUAUUCGCAGCGCCCUGAGUGGUCUGAUGUGACACCAAUGCGACUUCCGGAGCCUGAACGCGUCGUAGCAAUACAGUAUCUACCGGAGCACGCGGAGGCGCUUGGCUACUUCAGAGCCGUGCUCCAAAGUGGAGAGCUGAGUGAGCGCGUCCUAGCUCUGACGGCUGAUAUGAUUCGCUUCAACCAGGCUGACUACACCGCGUGGCGGGUCAGGUGGCUGUGCGUUCAAAAGUUGGGCACAAAGGCAUUGGAGGCGGAUCUGGACUUCACUCAUUCUGUUAUGCUAGAGAACGCAAAGAACUACCAAUUGUGGAACCACAGAAGGCUGUGUGCGCUGCAGCUCGGGCCGAAUGUGGCAGAUUGUGAAAAUGAAUUCACGCGUGAAGCAAUUAACUUCGACGAAAAGAACUACCACGCGUGGGCUCACCGGCAGGCCAUUGUGAAGAUGACGGGGCGGUGGCAAGCGGAACUGGAGUUUGCAUCGGAGCUAAUUCAGCGUGACGUGCGGAAUAACACUGCCUGGAACCAGCGCAUGUUCGUGCUGAAGCACAUGCCGCGCUCGGAGGACGAUAGCACCAUGUGGUUGCGCAGCGAGCUUUCAUAUGUGGCGGACGCUAUCCAGCGUGCACCGCGCAAUGAGGCUCCAUGGCGCUACCUAACGGGCCUCUUCGUCACGCUGGAGCCAUGGGCUUCCCAGCCACGUGCCCUCUCCUGUCAUCCUGAAGUGUACACGAUUUGCACUGAGGCGCUCCUGGACUGCCCCUCCUGCGCACCGGCAUAUGACGUACUGGCGCAGUAUUACGAGGGCGUCGCCGCGCUGGGCACAGCGCGCGGCACGGCGCAAGCUGACGCACAGGCACCCGAUGCUCGGGACGACCUCUCGGCGACAGUGGGCGGUGUGUUGCAGGCGUACGAGGUAGCACAGGCAGCAUUGGAUGAAGCGGCUGUCGCAGAUCCUAUGCGCAUCCUGUAUUGGUACCACCGGCAGCGCGGCGUGGCGCACUUGAUGGCUGUUACUACAGGGAUGCCAACGUGAAUUGUUACAAGGAAGUAGGAAUGCGGCCUUGAGGCCUAGGAACUUGCUCCGAAGCACGGCAUCCUCCGACAAAUGAACUUGCAGACUUGUAAACUGUAAUAUUCACCUGAUAAA